AUGAUUGCAUUAGGCAUCGAGGGCUCAGCUAACAAAGUUGGUGUUGGCAUUUAUAGAUCUUCCGAUAAGGCAGUUCUUUCAAAUAUACGGAAAACAUUUAUAGCUCCGAUUGGUGAAGGAUUUCUACCAAAAGAAACCGCCGCUCAUCAUCGAGCUAAUAUAUUGGGGUUGAUCAGGAAUGCUCUCUGUGAAUCAAACUUGUCUCCUAAAGAUCUUGACUGCAUUUGCUUUACCCAAGGACCCGGGCUUGGCGCGCCACUUCAUAGUAUGGCCGUUGUGGCAAGAAUCCUUGCUUUGUUAUGGAAAAAACCGCUAGUUCCUGUGAAUCAUUGUAUUGGCCAUAUCGAAAUGGGAAGAUCUAUUACCGGAGCAAAGGAUCCUGUGAUCUUAUAUGUCAGUGGCGGCAAUACGCAAGUCAUUGCAUAUUCAAACAAAAGGUUUCCAUUUGCUAAUGUAUUUCUUGCAGAUAUAUGA